AUGAAUGCUGAUACUUGUGUUUCUUAUUGUGAUCCGGCUGCCAUGGAUUCCUACUACAACGCAGCCUCCCAGGGCACAGAAGGCUCCUCGCCUUUUAGGGCAUUUCAAGCAAGUGACAAGUUCAGCCCUACUUUCCUGGCCAGCAAAGGACAAGGCUUUGGUGACAGCAGCUCUAAGUGCCGGAGCCGCUACAGCCAGCAGGAAUGUCAGUCCCUGGAUGGCAGCGUGCAGGCUCCCGGCUCCACCGGGGCUCCGGCCUCCUUUAACAAAUACCCACAGCAGCAGCAGCCGCCGCACCUCUACAUGCAGCGAGGCCCCUGCAAAACCCCCCCGGAGAACAACCUCAAGCUGCAGGAGAGCAGCGGCCACAACGGAGCUCUGCAGGUCUCCUGUUACGGUAAGGAGAGUAAUUUGGGAGAAGCCGACCUGCAGCCGAGCUCUGAUCCUUCGGGAAUGGACAGCAGCUACCUCAGCGUGAAGGAGGCCGGGGUGAAAGUGCCCCAGGACAGGGCCAGCACGGACCUGCCCAGCCCCAUGGACAAGGCUGACUCGGAGAGCAACAAGGGCAAGAAGCGGAGGAACCGCACCACCUUCACCAGCUACCAGCUGGAGGAGCUGGAGAAGGUCUUCCAGAAGACCCACUACCCAGACGUCUAUGCCAGGGAGCAGCUAGCCAUGAGGACAGACCUCACCGAGGCUCGUGUACAGGUCUGGUUCCAGAACAGAAGAGCCAAGUGGCGCAAGCGGGAGCGCUUCGGUCAGAUGCAGCAGGUCCGGACCCACUUCUCCACUGCCUAUGAGCUGCCCCUGCUCACCCGUGCUGAGAACUACGCCCAGAUCCAAAACCCCUCCUGGAUCGGCAACAACGGAGCCGCCUCCCCGGUGCCCGCCUGCGUGGUCCCCUGCGAGACGGUGCCCUCCUGCAUGUCCCCCCAUGCUCAUCCCCACGCAGCCGGCGGCGUCUCCGAGUUCCUCGGCCCCGGCAGCCACGUGGGACAGACUCACAUGGGCGGCCUCUUCGGCACAGCCGGGAUGAGCCCCGGCCUCAAUGGCUACGAGCUGAACAGCGAGCCGGACCGCAAGACCUCCAGCAUCGCUGCCCUGAGGAUGAAGGCGAAGGAGCACAGCGCCGCGAUCUCCUGGGCGACAUGACAGCCCAGCGCCCGUCAGGCACAUGGGGACAGCCGAGUACAUCCAUCCGCUUGGACUCCAGACAGCAGUUGCCUCCUCGGGGAUUGGAAUGCAGCACUUUUAGCUACCCUUAUAGGCAUAUAAAGUACAUAUGUUAACGUAAGUGGAGUGUUCCCAGCAUGAACGCGGGCGGCUCCCGGCUUCCUGGGAUCAGGCGCGUGGAGCAACAUGUCUUCCAGUGAGAUCUGGGUUGGGAUGCGUCCCUUCUCACCUCCCCAAUAACCUGGGCAUUUUUGUUCUCCCUGCUCCUUUCUCUGACACCAGAUCUGCCUUUCCAAAGAGGAGGAGCCCGCUGGCGUCUCAGCAGCUUCUCCCACCCCACAUACAUACACACACAGACACAUGUUCUCCUCUUAAGUUGUCGGCAGUGUUGCUCAGA